AUGUUCGGGGGCUCUGAUGCCGACACCAACCAAAUCCCAAGAAGGUUGGUACUCAAAAAAAUGAUUCUCGAUAACGCCCUUGAAAAUGAAAUUAUCGACCAGGAACGUUACAAUGAACUCGUUAACCAAUUACCUGGAAAGCCGAAGCUAACACCCGACGAGAUCCACGAAAUCAAGAAAAAUCAUACUCCCAUAAAUAAAAAUCUGAUGGCCGACCUUGCGCCCACCAUAUUACUUUCCGAAAAACCAACUGGCGCAAUUACCACCCAAAUUCCUGACUCAGUCAAAGUGCAAAACCGAAAAGCUCCAACUCACUUACCUCCAGCCAACAUUGAAAUGCUCAAACUCGAACUUACUGAACGCAACAAACUAGCAAUCGAUAAAGAGAAAUACAUCAAAAAAAUCGGUUGGACUGAGCAGUUUGAUGACUCAAAACCGUUCAUCUCUUUAUUCCCGCACCACUCAAAUUCCGACUCUGCCACUUAUUGGUGGUCCGUUCGUGAAAGGCUUAAUUUCAUGAGCCCAACCCGAAACGACAAAAAAAUCAAGGACUCGAAAACAAAAAUCCUUGGCAGCAUGCUCUACGAAGCCUUUUGCGAAGCAACUGAUGAAAACGCCCGAAAAAGACUCACCAAACCGUUAGCCACUCUAAUGAACAUCACGGAACGAGGAGAGACCUGGUGGAAAGACAACUUUGCUGAUAUAUUCCUCAAAAGCCAAAUCCUCAAGAAACCAGAAAAAAAUGUGAAAGCAAGUAUUGAAAAGAACAAGAACAAGCACAACAUAUUUAUUUUAGGGGAAAAAAGCUUCGAUGAACUGAACGACUUCGUCAUUGAAAAUUGGAAGAUGAGAGAGAGUUUUGCUAAUGAUUACACGAAAUUUGAUCAAUCUCAAAACCACGAAUUCCUGAACUUUGAAGAUCUCUUGCACGCCCAUUUCAAUAUCCCAGACGUUCUUCGACGCUACUACAUGUGGUUGAAAAUGAACACUGAGACUCAACACGGGAACCUAGAAGUGAUGCGAAUAACUGGUGGCACUGAAACCUAUGACUACAAUUCUUUCGGAAACAUAGCCUUUACCCACCUCGAAUGGAAAAUUCCACUGGGAACCGCCCAGCUUUUUUCAGGUGAUGAUUCUGCCAUCAAUUGCGUUCCCAAAAUGCGACCUGCAUUUGUUGACAUCCAAAACUCAUUCACUUUACAAGGAAAACCUGAAUACGGCAAGCGACCCACUUUCUGCGGAUGGUUCAUAACAAGUGAUGGAAUUAUUAAACAUCCAACCAUCAUUCUUGCCCGCAUCGAAAUCGCUAAAGAAAGACAUAACGAAGAAAAUGUCUUCGUGUCUUAUGCCAUCGAAGCUCAUUACGCUUUCAAAAUGGGUGAACUGCAAUUUGAACACCUGAGCGAUGACGAAAUUCUGACCCAAUCAGCUCUGAUUGAGUACUUUCGGAAAAAUGCGCACAAAUACGAUUUACCAACGAAUGUAAACUUCUUUGAAAGCUAUGAAGAGGCCAUUAAGAUUGGCUGCUCCCCCCACGGCCAACACAAUGAUCAUGACCCCUUUCAAAGUGGACGUUGCUACUUUCAUUUGAUGGAUGAAGACGAGUGCUACGACCCACUAUUCUUCAACAGACCUUACUUAACUACUUCAAUGAUCAACAAGCUGCUCACUAAAACGUUUUCCAAAGAU